UAGAAAACUGUGAGAGGCACUCCUCGGUUACAACACAGUCUGCAGCUCGAAGAGCAGGGGCGGAAUCUGCAGCUGUCAGUCUCAAGGUUUACCUCCAUUAUCACAUCCAGCCGGAGAUUGGAGAACAACUGAUCCCUCUCUAGAAACACAGGAGACAUCAUGGGAGGCAAACUGAGCAGGAAAAGGAAAGGAUAUGAUGUGAGCGACCCCAAAGACAAGAAGGAUGAGACCGCAGCAACACCUGCUGGCGCAGAAGAGUCUGCCAAAGUGGAAGAUGGAGCCCCAUCCACAGCAGUGGCAGCAGUAACUGAAGCUGCAAAAGCUCCAGAAGAACCCAAAUCUGUAUCUCCAGAAGAACUGGCUCCUGUAGUUACAGAGGAGGCUGCUCCUAAACAGGAAUCAGCAGUAGAGGAACCAGCACCAGUAGCUGAAGAACCAGUUGCAGCAGCAGUGGAAGCUCCUGCAGUCGCACAGGAACCAACUGCAGCUGUGGAAGCAGCUCCUGUAAUGGAAGAAAAAGCUGCAGCAGCAGAGGAAGCAGUGCCAGUAGUAGAAGAACCAGUGGUAGCAGCAGUGGAAACAGCUUCAGUCGAAGAAGAACCAGUUGCAACAGCAGUAGAAGCAGCUCCAGUUGCACAGGAACCAGCUGCAGCAGUGGAAGCAGCUCCUGUUGUAGAAGAAAAGGCUGCAGCAGCAGAGGAACCAGUUGCAGCAGCAGAGGAACCAGCUCCAGAAAUAGAAGAGCCAGUUGUUGUAGCAGAGGAAUCUGCUCCAGCAGUAGAAGUAGUACAGGAAAAAGUUCCAGUAGAGCUCUCCGUGACCACAGCAGAAACAGAGGAAACCUCUGCUCCGGCUCCAGAACAAGCUGUUCCAGUUGAAGUUGAACCUGAGUCUGCACCUCCAACUGAGGAACCCCAUGUAGAAGAACCUGCUGCAGCUGUCGAAUCAGUGCCAGAACCAGAAGCUUUUGUAGGCAGCACAGACGCAGCACCUGUGGACCAAGAGCCAGAGCCAGAGUCGGAGCCGGAGCCUGUACCAGAGACUGUUACUGAGCCUGAACCCACUGUGGAGGAGACAGUUGGGGCUGCUGCUGCCUCCGAACCUGAGCCAGUGGCUGAGACAACAAUGAUGCCAGUGCUGGAGUCAGCCACCAAACCAGAGCCAACCAUAGAGGCAGAGCCUAAACAAGAACCAGAGCAAGCAUCAGAGACCAAGGCAGAGCCAGAGAAAGAAGCAGAGCCAGAGCCAGAACUAAAACAGGAACCCAAGCCAGAGUCAGUGAAAGCGCCCGAGCCAGAACCUGAGCCAGAGCAAGCUCCAGAGGCAGAGCUCCAGCAAUCAGCAGAGCCAGAACCUGAGCAAGAUGCUGAGGCAAUGAAACCUCCAGCAGAAGAACAAGUAGAAGAAACUGAACCAAAACCAGCGGUAGCCACAUCUGACAUUACUGAACUCGGGACUGUGGAAGCAGAAGCAUGUGAGGUCUUGGAGGCUGCACCAGAGGGCAUCUCGACUGAAGCCUCCAGCACCGAGACAGCAGCUGAGCUGGAAGCGCCAGAACCUGUCCCUGAGAUUGUCGUCUCAGGUUCUGUCUCUGCCAAUGAAAUUACAGCUGAACCAGAAAAGGCAGCUGAAGCCUCUGUGGAAGAGGUGCCUUGCCCAGAGCCUGAGGUAGAGACCAAGAUGGAAAAUGGAGAACUAGAAAGCCCUUCUCUUACAGAGGAUGCAGCUGAAGUCGAUGCACCACCAGCUGUAAAUGGAGAGUGCAGAGAUCCUACUGCUGCCGUGGCCACACAGGCAGAGGAAUGUGUUAAUGGAAAUGAAAAGCCAGAGGAGACGCCUAUCAAGCAGAUUGACUUUGAACUGAAAAAGGACGUGAACUUGAGUGGGGACAUCCAGGAAGUUCCCGAUGCAGUCUCAGACAUGGUGGAGGGUCUCAGCACUGAAGUCACCCAGGCAGUCUGAACAGAAGACAUCUUUCAAAUCAGUGUGAAUUCAGUUUAAUAUCCCCAAUGGUUCACGAAAGCUAUCAAGGUAUCACAAACAUGGCUAGGCUUUCUGAAAUACUGUAACCACUGCAAUGUCUUUAGUGGUAACUCAGGCAAAAGGAUGUUUUCUCUUGAGUAACCAAAAAUGAAACGCAACCACUUGAGGAUAGAAAGUGACAGACCGAGAUUGAUAGUAAGUGUGAUGAAAGUACAGAGAAGAAACAGACAGUGAAGCUGGACAGCAUGGCAAAAAAAAAAAAAUAUGGACAGUAAAUACGACAUUAAGGAAUGAAAUGAAUAAAUCUGUCUGUGUGUGAAGCCGAAUAAUAUUACAAAGUGGUUUACUGGAAAAACAUUCAUUAUUAGUAUAUUAUUUGAUUUAGAAUUUCAUAUAUCCUUUCUAUUACUAUAUGCAGAGACAUGACAAGUGUUUUGGCCUUUUAUAAUAAUGGUACCUGUGAGAACUUAAUUUUAAACUGAUUGUUCAGAAUAGAGAAUAAAAAGAGAUUGUUAUAGUCUA